GGUCUACAUCAGCCUGCCCACGUCUUUCCACCUCCAUUGGGCACUGGCAGCCCUGAACGCGGGGAAGCACGUGCUCCUGGAGAAGCCGGCGGUGCUGGACGCGUCCGAGGCGGAGGUGCUACUGGAGGCGGCCAAGAAGUCCCGGAAGGUGGUCUUCGAGGCGGCGCACUACCGGUUCCACCCGGCGGCGCGCAGGUUUAAGCAGCUGGUCAGCGCGGGGAGCACCCCCCCGAACUUCCUGGAGGUGCGUUUCUCCAUGCUGGACCCCCCCGCGCUGCUCGCACGCCUCGGCGAUUCGGACGCGGACGCGGCGGAGUCGGAGCGCUCGCAGGCGGAGCGCCAGCAUGAGCGCGUGAAGAACCUGGAUCGCUGGUGGUAUUGCGUGGACAUGCUCAUGUGGAGCACCGGCACGAAAGACGCGGAGGUCCUCGCUGCCUCCGAGACCCGCUUCGCCAUGUCCGCCGCGCUGCGCCUCUCGCCGCAGCUGACCGCCAACAUCUCGAUGGCGCGUGACUCGUUGAUGGAUCCUUUCACCUGGACCGUAGCGGCCCGAUCGGACACGGAGACAUUCGAGCUCCGCAACUUUGGGUUUCCCUUCCUUUGGCACCGCCUCAAUGUGCGGAGGGGUGGCAACCAGAACUCAGAGACCCUCUAUGGUGAAGGAGAGACCACGUUUGAGCAUCAGCUGGGCUAUUUCCGGGAAGCGGUGCUGAAUCCGGAGUUACAGGAGUCUUUCCUGCCGACCAUGCGCGUGGUAGACCGAAUUCUAGAGGCGAGCGGAAAUGGAGCGCUCAAGGAAAAGGUGAUGGGGGUUUGCUGA